AGGUGGUGUUUAUGCUUGUUCUCAUCAUGGUGGUGUUUUUUGUCUGCUGGUUUCCACUCCAAUUCUCCGUCUUAUAUGAUACAUACAGACCAAAUCAAAAUACAUCGUUGGCUACAUGGUACAAGGAUUUCACGUUUUUCGCAAAACUCCUCGCCUUCUCUAACAGUGCUAUGAACCCAAUCAUCUACGCAGGAUUCAAUAACAACUUUCGAAAAGGGUUUAAAAUCAUGUUCGGGUGUUACAAGAAACAGCGUUACACAACUUUGUCCAAGAUGGACGACUCCAGCCAUAGUGCCACAGGGCUAACCAUGACAAACACAGCAACACAUUGUACCCGGAUGUAGGCCAUUGACAAACACAGCAACGCAUUGUGCCCGGAUGUAGGCCACGACAAACACAGCAACACAUUUUACCCGGAUGUAGGCAAU